CUUUGAUGAAGGCGAAUGUGGAUGGUAAAAAGAAAGUAACAGAAUUGUCUUGGUCCGGCCACAAGGACCGAACCGUAAUAAACGUGUACGGAAUGAAAAGGUUGAAGACGUCGUCAACGCAGUGAAAGAAUAAGAGACCACCGAGAGACGGGAAAGAGAAUCCGAAAGACGGUAGGGACUGCCCAAUCCAGAGCGGAUGAUCGAGUCUUCUAAAACGUAAACGCCGCUCCUUCCCCAAGUUCGCCGUCGGCACGGCUUGCUGUUGCUUUCGUAGCUACGUAUCUUGGGUCUACCACAAUGCAGUCAGGCGAACGCCUUCUUGUUCAGAUAGCUUCGUACAACACUAAUCUACAAGCUGACCGCGGCCUCCCGCAGGACUUGGUAGACUGGCUAGCCCCAACUCUCCAAGUCGCCAGCUUUCUUUCUCAGGAUCCUCGUGCACCAGAUAUCGUUGCGGUGGGCUUUCAGGAAUUGAUUCCAUUGCAUCUUGGACUAUCGGGAUUUUCCAAGCCAGUAAUCGAGAACCGCAAUGCCCUCAUCCUCUCUCAAAUAGAACAACAUGCUCCGAACAAGGAGAAAUACUCCCUGAUAGCCAAAGUAGUCAACGUUGGCGUCGCUUUGCUGGUCUACGGCAGAGAUGACGGCGUCGCACGACGUGUCGAAGAUGUUCAUACCCAAUGGACUGGCUGUGGUCCCAUGUAUAUGGGGAACAAGGGUGCCGUGGGCGUUAGGUUUCGUGUACGAGGAGAGAACGACGGACUUGGGGAGGUUUAUACGUUCGUGUGUGCACACUUGACAGCGCAUACAAAUAACCUUGCGCGGCGAAUCGCAGAUUGUCAUCAUAUAGUCGGCACCCUCCUCUUUCCUCCCCUCCCCGGCUCUUUUUCCACGAAACCAACGACAAUGUAUUCGACAUCCCAUUUGUUCUUCUUUGGUGACCUCAAUUUCAGGUUAACUGACUCGCUUCCUGAUCCGAGGAAUUUAAAUAUUCAAGAAGGUCAGAGACACAAGCUGAUAAAGUACGACCAGCUGUCUCGGGAGAGAGACGAAAAGGGGAGCAUAUUUAUUGGGUUGAGGGAGGGUGAGUUUUGGAAAAUGAAGUGCACUUACAAGUAUCAACUCGGAGAGGUAGACCAAUACGAUUUGAAGCGAAUGCCCGCUUGGACCGAUAGAAUCAUGUACACAACAUACACAGACUCCCCAGACUCCCCACAACACUCGACCGUCACAAAUGCGUUAUACACUUCGAUACCCUCUUACACUGCUUCAGAUCAUAAACCAAUCGUCUCUGUCCUCCUGCUCCCGCCUUCUCAACCUUCAACUUUAAGCCCAAUCCCAUCUUCAUCACAGAUUACUUUGCCAUCCACAUCCACAUCCUCACUUUCUUCCCGUACCCCAUUAUUGCCACAACCUACUCCAAUACCCCUCCUUCGUCUUCCACCCACCUUCCACCCCCAACCAGACCCCCUAGCCAACCUCAAGAAAUACGUUGGCCGUACUCUAGACCGCAUCAUCGGAUACACGUGGUGGUUCUUCACGCUUCUUGCUUCAGGUCCUGGAUUAUUAGGCAUGAUUAGUUUCGGGCUUUGUGGUUGGUGGAGGUGGAGGAGUGCCGGUGGUGGUGUGAGACUGGGAGGGAACGAAACGAGUGGAGGUCCCAAUGGAGUUUGAGCUAUGGAUGAGAGUGAGACUCAUAUACAGCGCAUACAAUGGUCAUGUUCUUGUUUUUGUGCUCGUCGUUGUGAUCUUAUACUGUUCAUGUAUAAUGUGUAGUGCGAUAGCAUAUUUAUGGUAUUUAUUGAUCUACAGUAGUUCUACUAUAUCGGAAGAGGAUUGCAAGGUUAACA